AUGGAUGCAAUUAUUGGUUUUAUUACAGAACUAACUGGUGAAAAACGAGGUCCAUCUAAACAUUAUCGUCGGUAUAAUGUAUUAACAUCUGACAAAGAAUUGAUUGAAGGAUGGGUCUUUUCAACGAUGGAAAUUGAUCAAACAUUUUCUGGUAAUAUACUUGUAGCAGCAGCAAAAAACAAUGCAAGUGUUCGUUUACAAGGAAAACUAUCAAUAGACGCAAAUGGCAUAAAAACAAUUAAAGUAUCAAUUAACAGCAAACUCGACAAAUGUAUCAAUUGGGCACAAGGUACUCUUCAACGACCUGAAAGUGUUUUAACAAUAAGUUCGAUAAAAGACGCUCUUUUGUCAAGUAUACCAUCUCGACUGGAAGCUGUAGUGUUAGAUGAAAACGAAUUAAUAACAUUUAUUCAAAAUGAUAAAGAACGUCAAUACAAAAUCUUUAUUAUUGGUGAUAAUAGUGGAACAUCACCACUGUUAGUAUAUGAUGAAUUAAUUGAAAAUAUUCAAAUCAGUGAAAGCUUUACAUUUACACAAAUCAAGUGGAAAAAAAUACAUAACAAAGUAAUUUUAACCACGAGUACAAAUACCAUAAUAGAAAAAUCAGCUAAUGUUGUUAUUCCUGAUUUAAGUGAUAUGGAAGAAUCUAUGUCACUAAAACAAAUUGAUAUUGAAGAAAUAAACUGUUGCUUUGAAGAAAUUAUUCAUUCACAAAAAGAACUUACAUGUUCGUCAUGUAAACAAAACUUAAUACCAAUUACAGGUAAAGAACAUUUACUCAAAUGUCAAAAUUGUUCUAGAUUUGUCUUAUCAAAAUCGAACAAUAUUCAAACAAGUGUUGUAAUUCAAAUUGAUAAUCAAAAAACCACAUUUUUCACCAAAACAGAUAUAUUGCAAAAAUUUUUUCAUCAAGAAAAUCCUCAAACUCCGAUGACUUCUGAAAAUUUAUCAGAAUAUUAUUUAGUUAAUGGACCAUGGUUGUUAACUUUAAGUCAUUUCAGACAUGAAUUAAUCAACAUCAACAAAAA